AUGCCACGUAAUAAAAUAUCCGACAUUGUCGAAGGGCGUAUUUUGCAACUAUUACGUUGGGGAUAUUCUCAGUCUCUUAUUGUGAACAUUUUGAAACUUGAUGGUAUACAUGUAUCUCAACCUACUGUGUCAAAUGUCAAACAAAAGAUCGGUCGUCAAAGAAAUUCCGAAUCAAAAAUUAAAAUUUUUCGAAAGAAGCCAUCACAAACACCUUCUAUUAUUAAGAAGGUUAUUGAAAAGAUUGAUGUUAAAGAACCACCAACUCAACGUGCUAUUGCUAAAGACCUUCACAUUAGCCAAUCGACUGUCUCGAACAUUAUCAAAAAUUCUGGAUUUACUCUUCGAAAGAAACAAAAAGUUCAAAAGUUAACAUCAUCGAAUGUUAUGAAACGUGGACAACGAUCAUUUAAACUUUAUCGUCGAUUAGCACGUGGUCGAUAUAAGAACUUCAUUCCAACCGAUGAAACCUGGUUUUAUUUAGAUGAAACUAGUGGGAGAAGGAAAGUAUGUUAUAUUAAAAAGACUGAUCCCGAUUAUGAUCGAAUGAUUAUUCAACAAAACACUUCUCGACCAAAAGGCUUUAUGGUAUGGGGAGGUGUAUCAAGUCAAGGAAAAACUACACUUCGUUUUGUUACACCUGGUACGAAAGUUAAUUCAAAUUAUUACAUUAACAAUGUUUUAAAACCAUUUUUAACAAAAGAUGUUCCACGUUUAUUUCGAAAAGGAAAAAAAUUAAAAUGGAUUUUUCAUCAAGAUUCAGCACCAAGUCAUACUGCAAAAGAAACAAUUAAAUUUUUGGAGCAGAAUAAAAUUCAUUAUAUAACACCACAAGAAUGGAUGCCUGCUAGUCCUGAUGCUGCACCAAUGGAUUAUUCAAUUUGGGGACAUUUAAAACAACAACUUAAUAAAACACGUAUUGAUUCUAUUGAGGAACUUAAAAAGAAGAUUUUAUAUGAGUGGCGAAAGAUGAAUGAAACACGACGAUAUUUUUCAACACCUUGUAUUCAAUCAUCAACACAGAUAAUUGACGAUUCAGAUAAAUUAUUUUCUAUGGCUCCUCGUUUUCAAAAAGUUGUACGUACAACACGACGAGAUGAUACAGAAAUUAGUCGAUGUAUCAAAUAUUCAAUGUUUGGAUUUAAUAUUCUUUUUUGGAUUCUUGGUUUUAUGAUUACAGCUAUUGGUAUAUAUGCAUGGAUUGAAAAAGAUACAUUUGAUAAUUUUGGUCGUUUAACAAUGCGUGGAACAUUAUUUUUUGAUCCAGCAUUAGUAUUUGUUCUUGUUGGUGUUUUUAUGUUUUGUAUUGGUUUUGCUGGAUGUGUUGGAUCAUUAAGAGAAAAUACUUGUCUAUUACUUUUUUUCAGUUUUGCUUUGGCAAUUAUUUUUUUUGCUCAACUUGCAUUUGGUACAUUAGUUUUUAUUUAUCGCGAAAAGGUUAAAAACGAAGGUGAAAAACAAUUAAUGAUUAUGAUUGAAAGUUAUCGUGAUGAUCCUGAUUUACAAAAUAUGAUUGAUUGGAUACAACGUGAUUGGUUACAUUGUUGUGGUGUUAAUAAUUAUCGAAAUUGGGAAAGUAAUAUUUAUUUUAAUUGUUCAUCAAAAAUUGUUGGAAGUGUUGAAGCAUGCGGUGUACCGGCUAGUUGUUGUCGAGCAGAAUAUUUUCAUAAUAAUAAACAAUGUGGUUAUGGAACUUUAGAAUCAUCAGCUGGUACACAUAUGAUUUAUACCGAUGGAUGUCUUCCGAAAGCAUCUCAAUGGUUUGAACGACACAUUCUUCCAGUCGCAAUAGUUGUUGUUGUUCUUGCUGUAUUACAAAUACUGGGUAUUUGUUUUGCUCAAAAUCUUCGUAAUGAUAUACUUGCUCAAAAAGCUAAAUGGAUAUGGCAUGCACAUCCAAUGAUGAAUUAUUAUCGACAUCAAUAA